CGGGCGGGCAGCUGCCGCCGGCGUCGCGGGGCUCCAGGCUGCGGGGCGGACGCAACGCCGAGCGAUCCACCGCGGAGCCGCGCGAGGCCGCCCGAGCCACGGCCCCGGCCCCGAGCCCCGACCGAAAGCCUCUGCCUCGUGCCGCGGGUCUCCGGACGCGCCGCCGCCGCCGGGAAGGCACCCGGCGCCGGGCAAGUUGCGAGCGCGCCCCUCCGUCCGGGAAAGUUUCCCCCCGGCCGCCGGCGGGAGUUGGCGCGGGGUCCGGCCGCCUUCGCUGGAAGAGUGUAUCUGGAAGCUGCUGUCAGGAGGCAUUGUAGGAGAAUCUUGGCAUCCCUGGGCCCAAAGGGAAAGACAUCUGUGGAAAGAGGUGAGCACCUCCCAGACAGCCUCAAGCUUCAGCUGAGCUGAGCUUCUAAUACUGCUGUAAAGCAGCUGGAACCCCUUGAAUUUGAUUUCUGGAGACGCAGGCAUAAUCCUUUUGCAGACGUCUCAACGCUGGCUCUCCAGGUGGAACAUCAUGGAAGGCGACUGUCUGAGCUGCAUGAAGUAUCUGAUGUUUGUUUUCAAUUUCUUCAUAUUUCUGGGUGGGGCCUGCCUGCUGGCCAUCGGCAUCUGGGUCAUGGUGGACCCCACCGGCUUCCGGGAGAUCGUGGCUGCCAACCCCCUGCUCCUCACGGGCGCCUACAUCCUCCUGGCCAUGGGGGGCCUGCUCUUCCUGCUCGGCUUCCUGGGCUGCUGCGGGGCCGUCCGUGAGAACAAGUGUCUGCUGCUAUUUUUCUUCCUGUUCAUCCUGAUCAUCUUCCUGGCGGAGCUCUCAGCAGCCAUCCUGGCCUUCAUCUUCAGGGAAAAUCUCACCCGAGAAUUCUUCACCAAGGAGCUCACCAAACACUACCAGGGCAAUAACGACACCGAUGUCUUCUCCGCCACCUGGAACUCGGUCAUGAUCACAUUCGGUUGCUGUGGGGUCAACGGGCCUGAAGACUUUAAGUAUGCAUCUGUGUUUCGACUCCUGACCCUGGACAGUGAAGAGGUGCCGGAGGCCUGCUGCCGGAGGGAACCCCAGAGUCGGGACGGGGUCCUGCUGAGCCGGGAGGAGUGUCUCCUGGGAAGGAGCCUGUUCCUAAAUAAGCAGGGCUGUUACACGGUGAUCCUCAACACCUUCGAAACGUACGUCUACCUGGCCGGAGCGCUUGCCAUCGGAGUACUGGCCAUCGAGCUUUUCGCCAUGAUCUUUGCCAUGUGCCUCUUCCGGGGCAUCCAGUAGAGGGUGUGGCCUGAAGCCUGAAGACUCACCCUGCCCACCACUGCCCAGCACCCGAUGCCCUCCCCUGCCCCUCUCUGCUGUCUUCUUGGCCCCAGAGGAGAAGAUGAGGCCAUCACAGAUGGUCAGGAGAAGGGGCCAGCGGAAUAAAGCUAUUUUUUUAACAAAACAAAAUGAAUACAAAAAUACGGACUGAGGUAUCCUCGCCUGGGGUCGGGGUAGGUGCUGUGGACUCUCCGCAGAGACCCCAGCGCCUGGCCCAGGAUGGAGGCUGCUCUGGAGAGCAAAGGGACACCAGCCAUGUGCCCUCCUUGGUCCAGCCAGACCCCGGCCCCUCCCUCCUCACUGCUCCAGGACCUGAUGCCAAGGAAGUGAGGAUUUAGGAGGAAGGAAGGAGGCAAAAGCCUAUCUCCGAGAAGUCAUAAAGUCCAGGGGGCCCCACGGAGACUCAGCUGCCAUGGAUUGUCCCCGCUUGAGGCCAAGGCCAAGAGGGAGCUGCGGACACAGCAUUCAAGAAUGGCCCAGCUGGCAGGAUGCCUGCUUUCCCCUUCUGUUGGACCAAAUAAUCUCAAAGGCCCAGAGAGGGGCAGUGGCCCAUCCACGGACACAGCACAGGCGUGUGACGGUUGUGAAAAGCAGCUGAGUUGUCUCCAGGCCGCCGUCACGGCAUCCAGGACUGUCAGUUCUGUUCACAUGCACGCCUGGCCUCAGCAUCCCGGUUCCCCCAGACAAGAGAGGGCAAGCUGGCCAGGAACGGCCUCUUCCCUUCUCUACAGCUAAGAAAACUCCUUUCCUUGACUUCCCACCGCACCCUCCCUCCCACCCCCCCACAGCUCUGAGUCCCCAGAAAUACACGCAAGGGUGCACAUCACACCCCCUUGUCCAAACUGCCCACCUCUCUCCACAAGGAAGGCCACCCCCUUCCCUGCCCUUCCCCAGCUCCCCAGCUCCCAGAGUGGAAGAAAUCCUCAAGGUCAUCUGGGUCUCCCUCUCCCCAUCCAGAACUGAGGCUUGGAGAUCCUUCUUCAAGAUCCUGGCCAAGACUUCUCCAGCCCUCCGCAUACCUCUAGGACAGAGCUUCCUACCUCCCAAGGCAGCCUCCUGCCUUCGGACUGCUCUGACUUGAGCAUCAGCUUAACAUACAGAAGAGAUUUCGGUUUUUCUGUGGCUCCAGCCACGGCAUCCCGCUUGCCUGCUCUCCUUCCUGGAGUGUUAAGUUCACACAUCGACUCCCCUGAGCCCUCUUCUCUCCAGGCUAAAGGCAUCGAGGCCACUUCUGCAACAAGGCUUCCUGUCUCUUCACUGUCCACACAUUUCUUAGUAUUUCCUCCAGGCUUGGGCAGGGAGACUCACAGAUGCACACCCACAAGUAUUCAGGCCACAAAUUCUAGAUAAAUGUUGGCACCUGGAUUGCAAGAUGCCCCUAUCCUGAUAGAUCAGGGGUGGCUGCUGGAGGCUGUGCUGGCAUCCGAGGCUUGGUCUGGGCUCGGUGGGAGACGGCGGUACAAUCCUGAUGAGUGAUAUCUGCCAGGCACUGUAAGUUUGAUGAGGGAUGUCUGCUAUGGGCAGGGAUAAAAGGAGCAGUGUGAGGUCUGCUCUCUUCUCUCUCCUCUGUCCCUCUUCAGGAAGAGCUCACUCUGUCUCACAGGCCACCAGUACCCUUUACCAGUUUCCAGCCUCCCCUUGGGCUUUCCAGCCACCGGGGACACACACAGCCACAGCCUAGAGCCCAGUAUUCCCCAGCCUGUACCAGCGGGCACCUUUUGAGAUGCAGCCAGAAGCUCUGUGCCUGCUGCAAAGAUUCAGGGGGACUGUCCUUCCAUCUCCUGCUAUGCUCACCAGUGCCAGCCCUCCCACCAGGUCUCUGAGCUCAGAGACUUCCCAAAUCGUCCCUUUUACAGCUUGCUCUGGCGACCCCAUAAACACAAUACCUGAGCUCCACAGAAGCUAAGCUCCCAAGACCCAGGGGGACCUGCCAGUGGUACUGUGGGCCAGCUGGGAAGGGCCUGGCGCCUGCUUCUCUUGAAGCACCCACACACUUAGCCCCAGCUUCCCGAAAAAGGUAAAUGGCACAGUUUUAUGGCUGUAAUCCAGGGACAUCCCAGGCUUCUGGGGCCCAUACAAGCCAGAGGGAGGACCCAGGAGAAUGGGCCUGUCAUGGAGGGAAAUCUGGCUAAGAUGGGUUCAUGGGCAGACACAAGACUGCUCCUCGACAGCUUCCCACAAAUGUGCCAAGGAACCCUCAAUCAGCCCAGAUUUAGCUCCCUGCCAGCCGCUGGCCACCCUCUUGGCCUGGGAAGGGAAGACAGGCAGUUUCUGCUUCUGCUGGCAUCGCUCAGGCUGGUAGCUAUUUGCAAGGCUGCCUGAGGCCGUUCCUUGGAGGCAAGGCAAAGAAAGCUCAGUGCAAAUCAGGCUUGAGCCUCCCUCCAGAGCUCGGGGAGGCCCAGGGUUCAGCUGGCUUGGUCCAGACACAACCCACAGCAGGUUCUGGUGGUGGCUGGGGGUGGGGGAAGAGUGGCAGGGAUGCCUCUUCGUCUCUUUUCACCCAGAAUACGACAGCACACAGUGGAGACUUCCUCGGACCCCACUAACAGGGCAAGGAACAAGACAGACCACUCAUCACACACGCUGCCCUGUAUUGAAAGCCACUUUCGUGCUCCGAAGCUACUGGCUUUUGGAGAAAGGAAAGAUCUCUUUCCCUUUUGGAGAAAGGGCUGGGGGUGAGGGCCCCUCCCCAGGGUCCCUGUUAAUUUCUAGUCUUGGUGCUCAGGCCUUUCCUCAGCCUCCCUUGUCCAUCUGUCUAUCCAUGAGUAAGGGGCCCAGACAGGAUUCCCCAAACCGGCCGAGGCCCCAGAUCCCCGUCUCCCUGGAAGCCCCCUUCUCCCUUCCCCCAUGGGUCAUAUGUUGAAAGUCUAUUUUAAAAGCUGUCUAUGUUCCUUGCGGUAGAUUGCAGAGCUAAUUUAUCGUGUUUCUCUCCUGUGAGCCCCCUUUUAUAUGCUCUAUCCAGAGGAAGUUUUGUAAUAUAAAACAGGACGCCCACACGGAUGGUUUUGCACUGGUUUUUGUGACUGUUUCUUACAAAAAGAAAAAGGAACAAAGAAUAAAUAGUGACCGUGAAA